GCGUAGCACGCGACAGGUACAAAUACCAAGGUCAAUCAGCGUGAUGUCAUUAGUUUACGGCAGUCAGCAUACCAGAGAAGUUCAUCAUCUUACAAUAUGUAUUCUAAUGUAAUGGUUGAUCGUCCCUAUGCAGCAUAUGAUCCAAGAGCAAGUCUAACAGCUCACGCAUCGUUUCUUCAAGGACACCAACAACCCAUUGAUUCCAAGUCUUACUCGAUGGCUAAUCAUCCAAGUGCGUCAUAUUACCCAGGAUAUGGGAUGAUUCCUCAUUUUGCUCAAUCCUUGGAGUCUCACCUUCAAGGAAUGCACAACUUCAACAGUAGAGAAAAUUUUCAUCCAGUGCAAUAUCCGACGCAUUCGACUCUCACGAAUCCGAUUGCUUGCAAGUGGAGAAAUGUUAAGAAUGGCGGUCGCUCGUGUGACGUCAUAUUUCACGAUAUGCACGAGUUGGUAAACCACGUGACACGGGAUCACGUGGGUGGUAUGGAUCAAACCGACCACACCUGCUACUGGGAAGAUUGUUCAAGAAAACGCAAAGGUUUCAAAGCAAAGUACAAAUUGGUGAAUCAUAUUCGAGUUCAUACUGGGGAGAAACCAUUUGUUUGCCCUUUUCCUGAUUGUGGAAAAACGUUUGGAAGAAGCGAGAAUUUAAAAAUCCAUCAAAGAACCCACACAGGUGAACGACCCUUUCCUUGUAAAUUUCCCGGAUGUGAAAGACGGUUUGCAAACAGUUCCGAUCGUAAGAAGCAUAGUUAUAUGCACAACACUGAAAAACUUUAUGCGUGUAAGUACGAAGGUUGCGACCGAAGCUACACUCAUCCCAGUUCACUACGUAAGCACAUACGUAUGCAUGAAUCCAAUGGUGACGUAAUCGACAAAGGUUCCAUUCAUUCUCCCACAAGCUCGUGUGGUUCAGUAGAAGAUGUAGCUCGAGAACAAAACUCCAUUGAAAAUAAUUUCGUUCAAACAUAUUUACCUCCACGAUUUACGUCAUCGCCGAUUCAUGCACCUUUAGCCACUUAUGAUGCUUCAGAAAGUUUAAAACAAAAGUUUCCCCCUAUUGAGAAGCAAGCUAAAUCCACAGAACAUUUUAUAAACCACGGACAAGAUAUGACAUCAUCUCUACCUCAAUUAAACUUGAACACAGCUUCAACCGAAGAUUGUUACAACGAAUAUCAAUUUCCUCAAAACUCCAACUCUUUACCUAAAUCACUGAUGCCCGCAUAUUUCGAUGUCCCUGCUCACUGUACAGCUCACUUCGUUGCUUGAUUGUUAUAUGAUAUCAGACUGUUUUUCCUGUCAUAUUGUUUUUGUAAAAUAUAAACUUUUUGAAAUGGCUUAACAAAA